AUAUAUUUCAGUGCAGUUAAUGAUUGACUUAACAAUUUUAAUACCCAACACACCCCUCAAAUUUUAGAGAAAUACAAGAAAAAGACGAUGCAAAGCAAAAGAGUGAUAUAACUGGAAAAAUGAAAUGAAUUAAUGUGCACCAACAAAACAGGCCACAUUCACAAGUACUAGUGAUUACCAUUCUGUUAUUACCUUUAACCUUCCAUUUCAAGCAUAACUUCCUCCUAAAAUCUCUCUAAAACCAUUUGUGGGCAUUAUUAGCUUAACUUGUUUAAGCCAGAGCUGCUGUAGACACAGAAAAAGUGUCUCCCAUGAAUGUCAAACAUAAAUAUUUCUCAUUUUAAUUUCUGUCACACAUUCUGAAUUUAAAGCAUGAGUGCAUUUGACAUUUCACCUUAAAGACGGGAUGUAUUGUUAUGUUUAAUUUCUAACAUUACCAUGAUAGAGACAUUCAACCUUACCUUACUUGCACAUAUUGUUAACACCUGUGUAUGUAUAUACAUCACAGGCUGUCUGUACAGCAGCAGAUUAGAUGCUUUUGCAUACUGAUUUGUGAAUUCUCCUCCAACCAUGUAUAGGUAAAUAUAUAUGACGCCUCAUGCAAACCCAAGUGCAUGGAAAUGAUCACUGAGGCUUAAACAUCACCAGUGUCUCACGACAUCCUAUUAGAGUUCACAUCAGAAAGGGAAAUGGUAACUACAACAAUGAAACAUUUUCUAGCUUCUCUGUGUCUACUGGAAUCUCUUCUUCAUGCCUUGACUCAAUGCACUGUCCCAGCCUCAGAGUUCCAGCUGGAAGGAGAUUAUUUGAUAGGUGGACUUUUUGAUGUUCAUCAUGCCAGUGGCCUUGUUAAUCAUUACAGACCAGAAGCCAUCGACUGCUCCAGUAAACCCUUAAUUCUGUCAAGUUACCGGAGGUUUCAGUUGAUGAGAUUCACUGUGGAGGAAAUCAAUAACUCUACCAGCCUCCUGCCAAAUGUAUCUCUUGGCUAUAAGAUAUUUGACCACUGCUCAGAUACACAGAAUUUCCCAGAUAUUUUUAACCUCAUUUCAGUCAAUGGCUUGAUCAAAUCUCGGGGUGACACACACAUGAAUGUGUCUACAGUGUCCAAAGUGAUAGCAGUGGUUGGUCCUUAUACCAGCACUCAAUCCCUUUCUGUAGCCCCACUCUUCAUGGUGGAUCUCAUUCCUAUGGUCAGUUAUGGAGUUGCUAGUUCUGUUUUUUCAAGAAAAAAAAACUUUCCCUCUUUCCUACGAACAGUGCAUCCCAAUAAAGACACCAUAGCAGUAAUUGUUAAAAUUGUGCAACACUUCAAGUGGCGCUGGGUUGCUUUCCUUAACAGUGAUAAUGAUUAUGGCAAUGAUGGCCUGGAAUUGUUCAUGAAGAUGAUAAAGGAUACUGAGAUCUGCCUGGCAUACACCAAAGGCCUCAACAGUGAUACAAAUUACUCCCCAAUUUUCAGACAGAUAAAGGCACAGGAGGUACAGGUCAUAAUUGUUUUUGCCCCUGAAUGGACUGCUGAAGCUCUCAUUGAGUCAGCAAUAAAACUGAAUGUCGAAAACAAGGUGUGGAUAGCAGGAGAUGCAUGGUCCUUAAACAAGAGGCUCCCAAAGGAGAAAGGAAUCGAAACCAUUGGAACUAUACUUGGGGUUGCUGAGCCAGUAGUGACAAUACCUGGUUUCAGGGAUUUUGUCUUUUCCUCUAAAAGCCAGACUCAAUGUGAAAAUGCAGAACAACAGAUGUUUUCUAAUCAGAUUUGUAACUGCAGUGACCUGAGUCCAGAAAAGGUCAUUGCUGAAGACCCAUCUUUCUCUCUUCCUGUUUAUUCUGCUGUAUAUGCCAUCGCUCAUGCCUUACACAAUGUCUUGCAAUGUGGAGCUGGAAGAUGCAAUGACAAUAUUACAGUCUACCCAUACAUGGUUCUAGCAGAGCUGAAGAAGUCAAACUUUACUCUUUUAAACAAGAGUAUUCAGUUUGAUGAGAACGGUGACCCCACAUUCGGAUUCUAUUCUAUAAUUUACUGGAACAACAGUGGUGAUGCAGAGGAGAUCGGCUUUUAUAAAUUUCCCCCAACAUUCGAUUUCUUCAUCAACAACACCAAAAUCCAGUGGUUCAAAAAGAGAGAAGUGCCAUCUUCACUAUGUUCCCCAGAAUGUCCUGUAGGAUAUGCAAAAAGGCCAGAUGGAAUCCAUAAAUGCUGCUUCACUUGUGAAAUCUGUCUGAAUGGAACUUAUAUCAACAACACAGAGGAUCCCUACAAGUGCAUCAACUGUAAGGAGACAGAGUGGUCCACAGAAGGAAGUACAUCAUGCAGUCUGCGGUUGGUGGAGUACAUCCCACUGACAGACAGCGGGGCUAUACUGACCAUGAUUGGGGCCUGCACCUUGGUGGGCCUCGCACUAGCCACAUCUGCUCUCUUUGCCAUCAACUACAAUACACCUGUUGUCAGAUCUGCUGGGGGACCAAUGUGCUUCUUAAUUUUAGGUUCCCUCAGUCUGUGUAGUUUUAGUAUAUUCUUUUACUUUGGUAAGCCAACUAUUCCCUUUUGUAUCUUAAGGUUCCUACCAUUUUCAUUGUUCUAUGCUGUCUGUCUUGCAUGUUUUGUAGUGCGCUCUUUUCAAAUUGUUUGCAUUUUCAAAAUAGCUGCCAAGUUCCCCAAUCUCUACAGUUGGUGGAUGAAAUAUCAUGGACAAUGGCUGGUCAUCAUAGUGGCAUUUGUUACUCAGGCACUCUUACUUCUUUUUGGCUAUUUUUAUGGACACCCCAAGCCAAGCAAUGAAAUGAAUUGGUAUCCAGACAAAAUCAUACUUGGCUGUGACAUCAAUCUCAAAGUAUUCUCUGGUCCUGUGAUUUUACUUGUAUUUCUGUCCUCCCUUUGCUUUAUUUUCUCCUACAUGGGAAAAGACCUCCCAAAAAAUUACAAUGAGGCCAAAGCGAUAACCUUCUGCCUGCUCCUGCUGAUCCUCACCUGGAUCAUCUUUGCCACUGAAUCAAUACUUUACCGUGGAAAGUACAUCCAAACUCUUAACGCUCUGGCAGUACUGUCCAGUCUCUACUCCUUUCUGUUGUGGUAUUUCCUCCCAAAAUGUUACAUCAUCAUUUUUCAACCCCACAGAAACACACAGCAGUACUUUCAAGGUCUCAUUCAAAGUUAUACCAAAACAAUUAGCCAGUAG